UUGGCAGAAACCCCACUUCCUCAUGGCGCAGAGGAGUUGCUGGGGGAACAGGGACAAGAAUGUGUGCCCAGUGACCAGUGGUGUCCUGAGAGCCCUGAGCCCCUCGUGGGUGGACAGGGAGGCCCACGCUUCUCCCUGCUGCUAGUUUCCAGAAGGAUGAGAGAGCCAGAGGCUCGCUGCACGCUCAGGAAGAUGGCUGCCUUUUACCAAUGCGUCAGGCCUGACCCCAGUGAGCUGGACAUGAUUUCCACAAGGGUGAUGGACAUCAAGCUUCGGGAAGCGGCUGAAGGCCUCGGGGAGGACGGCACAGGAAAGAAAAAAUCCAAAUUUAAAACGUUUAAGAAGUUGUUUGGGAAGAAGAAGAGAAAAGAAUCGCCUUCAUCCACGGGAAACAGCACCUGGAAGCAAAAUCAGGCCAAGAGCGAGGUCAUUCCCAUCGAGUCGGGGCCGGUGGGCUAUGACUCCGAAGAUGAGCUGGAGGAGUCCAGGGGCACUCUGGGCAACCGUGCCCUUUCACACGACAGUAUUUUCUUUCCUGAAUCGGGGCAGGACCCUGCUCGGCCUGUGCGGGUGUUUUCCCAAGAAAAUGUGUGUGACCGGAUCAAGGCCUUGCAGUUAAAGAUACAAUGUAAUGUGAAGAUGGGGCCCCCGCCUCCAGGAGGCAUUCCUACCAAGAGGGCAGAGGAGACUGGUAUGAGCUCUGAGGAUGACGGACUGCCCCGGAGCCCCCCAGAGAUGUCCCUGCUGCAUGAUGUGGGUCCAAGCCCAACUAUAAAGAUCUUAGUGUCCUCAUCGCGGCCACAGUCUCCUGACCACACGAGUGAUGCCACCGUCUCCUCCCGGACCUUGGAUGGCAGCCUGGCACCUGUGGCUGACUUCAGCCACCCUCCAGAAAUCUCCUCCUGCCUGGAUAACUCUGCAGCUAAACACAAGCUCCUGGUUAAGCCCCGCAACCAGAGAUCAAGUAAAAUGAGGCGCCUGUCUUCGAGGGCACAGUCUGAAUCCCUGAGUGAUCUGUCGUGGACCCUGGAGGAGGAAGAAUAUGAAGGGAGACGAUUACUCCGAGUCAAUACAGAAGACCAUCCCAGUGCUGGGCAGCGGGAUUUGAUGCUGGGCAGAAGGCCUGAGUUUGGACCCUUGCUGCUCCCUGGAGGGGCCUGUGCCAGACGUGCUCGCCUGCAGCACAGCAUGGCAGUCAGUGCCAGCAUGGAGGAGGGCGGUUCUCCUGGAGAUGAACCCUCAAGCCACCGGGCUACGCCAGAGGUCACCGAGCCCAUGGCAGUCUCAGUUCCAUGCCCAGGAACCCCAUCUCUGCCAGAAGGUUCUCUGUACCACAUUCCCCACGGUGAAAUCCAGAAGGAAGAGCUGUCCUCUGGAGGCCUGAGUCCUCUAGUAGAGAGCGUAUCUGAGGAGAUUGUUUGUGGUUCUGGAUAUGUGGAAACUCCACUAUCUGAUGUCGCUGAGGGAGGCAUGGCACCUUCCAAGGAGGACUCUGCAGCAGCUCCUGAGGGAGACGCAGCAUUUCCCAAAGGGGACACAGCACUUCCUGAAGAGGAGACUCAUCCUUCCAAAGAGGAUGUAACACCUCCUGAGGGAGAUACAACGCUCCCCAAGGGGGUCAUGGCACCUCCCGAGAGAGACAUGUCGCCUUGCAAGGGUGACAUGGCACCUCCAGAGAGAGACAUGUCACCUUCCAUGGGAGAUGUGGCACCUCCUGAGAGAGACAUGCCAUCUCCAGAGGGAGACAUGUUGCCUUCCAAGGGGGAUAUGACACUUCCCAAGAGGAUCAUGGCACCUCCAGAGACAGACAUGUCACCUUCCAAGGGGGAUGUGACACCUCCCAAGAGGAUCAUGGCACCUCCAGAGACAGACAUGUCACCUUCCAAGGGAGAUGUGACACCUCUCAAGAGGAUCAUGGCACCUCCAGAGACAGACAUGUCACCUUCCAAGGGAGAUAUGACACCUCCCAAGAGGAUCAUGGCACCUCCAGACACAGACAUGUCACCUUUCAAGGGAGACAUCGCACCUCCAGAGAGAGACAUGUCACCUUCCAAGGGAGACAUCGCACCUCCCAAGAGGAUCAUGGCACCUCCAGACACAGACAUGUCACCUUCCAAGGGAGACAUCGCACCUCCAGAGAUAGACAUGUCACCUUCCAUGGAAGAUGUGGCACCUCCCAAGAGGAUCAUGGCACCUCCAGACACAGACAUGUCACCUUCCAAGGGAGACAUGGCACCCCCCAAAGAGAUCAUGGAACCUACCAAUAGGGACAGGGACACAAUACUUCCAAAGGGAGAGACACCAACUCCUGAGACUGUCACUGACACCAUCUUGGAGACACCCUCAGAUACAGAGGGACAGGACCAAAGUGUCCAGAAGGAGGAGGAGCUGACCCUGGUGGUAUCCAGGCCUGAGGGAGCAGGGACGGAGUCCUCCACAGCCCCUUCCCCGAGCCCACCAGUACCCAAGAGCUGCCUGAAGCACAAGGCGUUGGCUUCUGGUGGGUCCCCCGGAGAGUCUCCUCUGAAAGACCCCAGCCCUGGAGUCCAGGUCAGAGCAGUUGUGCCCCCGGCCCGGCCCAGGCCUGCGCAGGCUGCGACAUCAGGGGGUCCAGAGAAGGCAGCCCUGGGGAAGAAGAGCGAGCGGAGUACUGAGCCACAGCGCAGCGUUAAGAGGUUCUCCGUGACCUCAAGCAGAGCGCGUGCCCGGGCCAGCAGCUCUCGCCUUCCGGAACAUUCCGGCCAUGCGCCUGCAGGGGCCCGUGCACCUUUACUACGGAGUGGCCUUGCCUGGAGGAGUGAGGCAGCUCUUGAUGACCUGCAGGUGCUGCCAGAGCCCCAGGACAGGAAGACUAUGGGUGGUGACCCUCAAGUCUCAGGGGACACGGGGGCCGGCCAGGCAGGACCAAGCAGGAGCCUCCAGGAUGCUGAUCCUUGUGUAAAGGAGCCAGCUCCUGGAGAGGACCAGAGCCCCUUCCCAGUCAAGCUACGGUCCACCUCGCUCUCGCUCAAGUACAGAAACGGCUCUGCCCAGGAGGCGAAAGCCAUCAAGAGGUACAGCGCGGAAGUCAGGUUGGAGAGAGGAGGUCUGACUCCGCUCCCCAAGGAUGAACAGAGCCAUGCCGGGGCUGCCCCUGCGCUGCGAAGUUCCAGGUCCCCCAAUGGGCAAGGGAAAGGGAAGUCCAGGUCUCCUGAGCAGCCCAGUACCAAGCCACCCCUGCCCAGGAAGCCUCUCCUGCCGAGCCUCACCCUGCCGUACCCACCUGCAGGCCUGGAUGCCAGCCCCGGGGAAUCUGAGAGACUCAUACCGGUCAUCCUGCCUCCCGAGCCCAGGAAGGAGAAGUCGCCCCGCCAGGGAGCUGAAAAGGCUCAGCCUCCUGCUGCUACAGGUCCUGGGGCUGGUGGGCAACCCACCCCACCCUGGAUCACCAUGGCCCGGCAGAAGCGAAGAGGAGCCCCAGACCUGCCUGUCAACCAGGAAGACAAGUCUGGGUCACGGAUCCUGAAGACAGAAACUGGAAAGCAAACCCAGGAGCCUGUGAAGCAGGGUGACUUUGUCCGAAGCAAAUCUUUCCUAAUGACCCCUGCAAAGCCUCCUGUGACCCAGAGGCAGGGGUCAAAGUUGAGCCUCAAGGAGGGACUACAGAGAGGAAUCUCACUGUCCCACCAGAACUUGGCAGCUCAGGCUGCAGCGAUGACAGAGAAGGAGUUGCAUCAGCUGAAGAGAGCCAGUUAUGCGAGUUCAGAUCAGCCGUCCUGGAUGGAACUCGCCAGGAAGAAAUCUCAAGCUUGGAGCGACAUGCCCCAAAUCAUAAAAUAGAUUGGCAGCCUGCUGAUGAAGGAUGUCCACUGCAUUGACGGGGCCACUUAGUUUUAAACUGCCAAUAAAUCAUGGCAAACAGACUGUGAAACUUCAGAUUGAUUUUUGUCAUCGAAUUAUGAUGUGCUCGGGGAAGAGAGAGAGGAACCAGGUGGAUCAAAGAAGACAAGAGAGCCUCAGUCCUGAGCCAGAGGGGCUGCAGCAGGAGGAACCCUGUAAAAGCUCCUUCCUGUGCUGACGGUACCAGUGUGAGCCUUCAGCAUCCACUUUCUAAAGAGGCCCCAAUAGCCAGCGAAUGGAAGUGAAGAGAGGUGAAUGUUGGGUGUCCUUUAAGAACAGAACUGGAACUUCUUAUGAGUUCCAGGUCUGGGCUGUCCCUUGUCAUCAGCCAGUGCCUCUGGCCACUGUCUUGCCGUGGACCAUCGUCGUCUUUUGUGUUUACUAAUAGGCAUGAUGUUAUGGGAAAGCAGGGAUGCCGUUUAUAAGAGCAGCUACGUAACAGUCUGGUUUCCUGAAACUGUCCAUCCUUGAGCAGGGGGGGAUGGGACGUGGCAGGGUUUGUCAACUCAUAGACUGUUUCCAAAAAUAAUUUUUAAAACUUUUCCACUAGGCAUCUGUGUCCUGAACCAUUGCACAAUGCAUUGCCUGUUUAAUAAAAGAUUUCAAACACG